AUGGAAGUUUUAAGAGAAGAGCUAGAAAAAAUUUCAAGCAAGUACGAUAGCCAAGAGUUGUAUGUUGAAGGAUUCACACCAGAGCAAAUCUAUUAUCAGAUAGAGGAACUGUGCAAUACGAUUAUCCAAAGGUGUGAGGACUCCAUCGCCCGCCUUGAUCUCAAAUGUGAAAAGCCAAUUCCUCAGAACGAUAGAGAAAUAUGCCAUGAAGAGUCUUCAGGAGACGAAGAGAGGAAAGGCUUCUUCAAAGAGGACAAUAUUCCACCGGAGCCCUCGGGAUCGAACGAGGAUGGUGAUGAUGAAAAUACAACCGAAGAUGAGGGUGAGUCCAUGGAAUCCAAGGAUUUCGAUGCUUUUGCAGACAAAAUCUCUCAAAUGCCAGCUAGUGAAGCAAUCAAGCUUCUGGAAUCAAGAGUUAAGAAUAAUUCCGAAUGGUAUUCCAGUGAAGAGGAACUAUCUGACGAAGAUGGCGAAUAA